CUGUGGCAAAAUGCUUCCACCUCUUGCCAAAAUGAACACUGAAGAAAAAUGAAGAACACUGAAGAAAUCCAACAAAAAGUUGCAGAACAGAAAUAGCCAAACUCCUCUGGAAUCUGAUUCAUCCACAGCCAUCAUAAAAAGGUCUUUGCAUCAUGUUCGGAAAGAAAAAGAAAAAGAUUGAAAUAUCUGGUCCAUCUAACUUUGAACACAGGGUUCACACUGGGUUUGAUCCACAAGAACAGAAAUUCACGGGCCUCCCGCAGCAGUGGCACAGCCUGUUAGCAGACACGGCCAACAGGCGGAAGCCCAUGGUAGACCCUUCCUGCAUCACACCCAUCCAGCUGGCUCCUAUGAAGACAAUCGUUAGAGGAAAUAAACCGUGCAAAGAAACCUCCAUCAACGGCCUGCUGGAGGACUUCGACAACAUCUCUGUGACUCGCUCCAACUCCCUAAGGAAAGAAAGCCCGCCCACCCCAGACCAGGGAGCCUCCAGCUACGGUCAAGGCCAUCGGGAAGAAAAUGGCUUCAUCACCUUCUCGCAGUAUUCCAGCGAGUCCGAUACCACUGCUGACUACAGCACUGAGAAGUAUCGAGAAAAGAGUCUCUAUGGUGAUGACCUGGAUCCGUUUUAUAAAGGCAGCCAUGCCGCCAAGCAAAAUGGGCAUGUCACAAAGACCAAACACGGGGAAGCCUACUAUUCUGAGAUGAAGCCUUUGAAAUCCGAUAUUGCCAGAUUUCCCGUUGAUUAUCACACACACUUGGACUCACUGAGCAAACCAAGUGAAUACAAUGAGCUCAAGUGGGAGUACCAGAGAGCCUCAAGCAGUUCCCCUCUAGAUUAUCCAUUCCAAUUCACGCCUUCUAGAACUGCGGGGACCAGCGGGUGUUCCAAGGAGAGUCUGGUGUUCAGCGAAAGCGAGUGGGGACCCAGCCUAGAUGACUAUGAUAGGAGGCCAAAGUCAUCAUACUUGAAUCAGACCAGCCCUCAGCCCACCAUGCGGCAAAGGUCCAGGUCAGGUUCGGGGCUCCAGGAACCAAUGAUGCCCUUCGGAGCAAGUGCAUUUAAAACCCACCCCCAAGGACACUCGUACAACUCCUACACCUACCCUCGCCUGUCUGAGCCCACAAUGUGCAUUCCAAAGGUGGAUUAUGAUCGAGCACAGAUGGUCCUCAGCCCUCCGCUGUCAGGGUCUGACACCUACCCCAGGGGGCCCGCCAAACUACCUCAAAGUCAAAGCAAAGCAGGCUACUCCUCAAGCAGCCACCAGUACCCAUCUGGGUACCACAAAGCCACCCUCUACCACCACCCCUCCCUGCAGACCAGUUCACAGUACAUCUCCACAGCUUCUUAUCUGAGCUCUCUGAGUAUCUCAUCCAGUACCUACCCCCCACCCAGCUGGGGCUCCUCUUCAGACCAGCAGCCCUCCAGGGUGUCCCAUGAACAGUUUCGGGCUGCUCUGCAGCUGGUGGUCAGCCCCGGAGACCCCAGAGAAUACUUGGACAACUUUAUCAAAAUCGGAGAAGGGUCAACCGGCAUUGUGUGCAUCGCAACUGAGAAACACACAGGGAAACAAGUUGCAGUGAAGAAAAUGGACCUCCGCAAGCAACAGAGAAGAGAACUGCUCUUUAAUGAGGUUGUGAUAAUGCGGGAUUACCACCAUGACAACGUGGUUGACAUGUAUAACAGCUACCUUGUUGGCGACGAGCUCUGGGUGGUCAUGGAAUUUCUAGAAGGCGGUGCCUUGACAGACAUUGUCACUCAUACCAGAAUGAAUGAAGAACAGAUAGCCACCGUCUGUCUGUCAGUUCUGAGAGCUCUUUCCUACCUUCACAAUCAAGGAGUGAUUCACAGGGACAUAAAGAGUGACUCCAUCCUCCUGACAAGUGAUGGCCGGAUAAAGCUAUCUGACUUUGGUUUCUGUGCUCAAGUUUCUAAAGAGGUGCCGAAGAGGAAAUCACUGGUUGGCACUCCUUACUGGAUGGCACCUGAGGUGAUUUCUAGGCUACCUUAUGGGACAGAGGUGGAUAUCUGGUCCCUCGGAAUCAUGGUGAUAGAAAUGAUUGAUGGCGAGCCCCCCUAUUUCAAUGAGCCCCCCCUCCAGGCAAUGCGGAGGAUUCGGGACAGUUUACCUCCAAGAGUGAAGGACCUACACAAGGUUUCUUCAGUGCUCCGGGGAUUCCUAGACCUGAUGCUGGUGAGGGAACCCUCACAAAGAGCCACAGCCCCGGAACUCCUUGGACAUCCAUUCUUGAAACUGGCAGGUCCGCCAUCUUGCAUCGUUCCCCUCAUGAGACAAUACAGACAUCACUGAGCAAAGGAUUCAGUGGAAGCGCUAGAUGAGGACAUAAGAAUAAUUCAGGAGAACAUGAGGAACACGAAAGAGUCUUGUGGACUCUACCCAGCUGAUUGGUGGGACAAUGUGAUGACAGGCAGGGUUCAACAGACCAGGGCAUCUUCUUGUGUCUUAAAUAGGCAUCUCUCCACCGACAGCUGGCGUGAUCAUUUGGAACAAGGCUUUAAUAAGUCCUUAUUAUAUUUUUCAGCCCUUCAUCCAGCAAAUCAGAAGGACUCAGUACAAACUCCGUUACGAUAUAUCCUAGCCACAUGCAGGGUAACGCAUAGGAUUUUCUAUAUUGAAAGAAUACUUUUCUGGCAAAAAAAAAAAAAAAAAAAAAAAAAAAAAAAAAAAAA